UCCAAAGUGAAUCCUGAGUGCUCUGUGCCAGCCUCCCCACCUCCCUCCCGUGUCCUCUGGCACCGGGAGCCAGCCCUCUUUCUUAGUGCGAUUUCACGUAGCGGUACCUUACUUGAAAGCAGCGUAAAGAGCUGCAGAGGGUGUGAGAGCAGGUCGCAGAGGUGAGAGCCCUGGCUGCCGGCUGCCGAUGGCUCCAGCCGCCGAAAGCGUGGAAAGCUCAUUCCAGGAAAAGUGGAAUAGUCGCCGUGUUGGCUGGCUUUCGGGCGGGGUCCUUGGUGAAUUUUGUCAUGGUUAUUUAAGGAACCUCGCCUAGAAGUCCCAACGCACAGUUCCCCAUUGACGGGAAGGCUUGGACUCCAAGAUGAUUAUAAAGGAAUAUCGGAUUCCUCUGCCAAUGACCGUGGAGGAGUACCGCAUUGCCCAGCUGUACAUGAUACAGAAGAAGAGCCGUAACGAGACGUUCGGUGAAGGCAGUGGCGUGGAGAUCCUGGAGAACCGGCCAUACACGGACGGCCCUGGUGGCUCCGGGCAGUACACACACAAGGUGUACCAUGUGGGCAUGCACAUCCCCAGCUGGUUCCGCUCCAUCCUGCCCAAGGCGGCCCUGCGGGUGGUGGAGGAGUCCUGGAACGCCUACCCCUAUACCCGAACCAGGUUCACUUGCCCUUUUGUGGAGAAAUUCUCCAUUGACAUCGAAACCUUUUAUAAAACUGAUGCUGGAGAAAACCCCAAUGUGUUCAGCCUGUCUCCUGUGGAAAAGAACCAGCUGACGAUCGAUUUCAUCGACAUCGUCAAGGACCCCGUGCCCCCCAACGAGUAUAAGACGGAAGAGGACCCCAAGCUGUUCUACUCGACCAAGACCCAGCGGGGGCCCCUGUCUGAGAACUGGAUCGAGGAGUACAAGCAGCAGGUCUUCCCCAUAAUGUGCGCCUACAAGCUCUGCAAGGUGGAGUUCCGCUACUGGGGCAUGCAGUCCAAGAUCGAGCGGUUCAUCCACGACACGGGCCUGCGGAAGGUGAUGGUGAGGGCCCACCGGCAGGCCUGGUGCUGGCAGGACGAGUGGUACGGGCUGAACAUGGAAAACAUCCGGGAGCUGGAGAAGGAGGCGCAGCUCAUGCUGUCCCGCAAGAUGGCCCAGUUCAGUGAGGACGACGAGGGGGCCGCGGAGCUGGCCAAGGACGAGGCCCCCCAGGCCCAGGCCCCCAGGGAGCCCCCGCAGCCCAGCAGCAGCGGUGGGGAGCCCCUGGCGGGCAGGGGUCUGAAGAAGCAGUGGUCCACGUCCUCCAAGUCGUCCCGGUCGUCCAAGCGGGGAGCGAGUCCUUCCCGCCACAGCAUCUCGGAGUGGAGGAUGCAGAGUAUCGCCCGGGACUCAGAUGAGAGCUCGGAUGAUGAGUUCUUUGAUGCUCACGAGGACCUGUCCGACUCAGAGGAAAUGUUCCCCAAGGACAUCACCAAGUGGAACUCCAAUGACCUCAUGGACAAAAUCGAAAGCCCUGAGCCAGAGGACACGCAGGACGGUCUGUACCGCCAGAGCGCCCCCGAGUUCAGGGUGGCCUCCAGUGUGGAGCAGCUGAACAUCAUCGAGGACGAGGUCAGCCCGCCGCUGGCCGUGCCGCCCUCCAAGAUCCACGUGUUGCUGCUGCUGCUGCACGGAGGCACCAUCCUGGACACGGGCGCCGGGGACCCCGGCUCCAAGCAGGGCGACACCAACACCAUCGCCACCGUGUUCGACACCGUCAUGCGCGUGCACUACCCCAGCGCCCUGGGCCACCUGGCCAUCCGCCUGGUGCCCUGCCCGCCCAUCUGCUCCGCUGCCUUCGCCCUCGUCUCCGACCUCAGCCCCUACAGCCACGACGAAGGCUGUCUGUCCAGCAGCCAGGACCACAUCCCCUUGGCCGCCCUGCCCCUGCUGGCAACCUCUUCGCCCCACUACCAGGAGGCCGUUGCCACAGUGAUCCAGCGGGCCAACCUCGCCUACGGGGACUUCAUCAAGUCCCAGGAGGGCGUGACCUUCAACGGGCAGGUCUGCCUGAUCGGGGACUGCGUUGGGGGCAUCCUGGCGUUCGAUGCCUUAUGCUGCAGCAACCAGACGGUGUCUGAGAGUCAGAGCAGCAGCCGGCGGGGCAGUGUGGCCAGUGUGCAGGACACUGACCUGCUGUCCCCGGGCACGACGGUCAGUGCGGCACAUGGCGGCACCCUGGAGAGCAGCCGGCACCUGAGCCGCAGCAACAUCGACAUCCCCCGAAGCAACGGCGCUGAGGACCCCAAACAGCAGCUGCCCCGCAAGAGGAGUGACUCGUCCACCUACGAGCUGGACACCAUCCAGCAGCACCAGGCCUUCCUGUCCAGCCUCCACGCCAGCGUGCUGAGGAAUGAGCCCAGCUCCCGCCACUCAAGCAGCUCCACCAUGCUGGACGGCGCAGGGGCCGUGGGCAAGUUCGACUUCGAGAUCGCUGACCUCUUCCUUUUCGGGUGCCCGCUGGGGCUGGUCCUGGCCUUGAGGAAGACCGUCAUCCCCUCCCUGGAUGUUUUCCAGCUGCGGCCUGCCUGCCAGCAAGUCUACAACCUCUUCCACCCCGCCGACCCGUCGGCCUCGCGCCUGGAGCCGCUGCUGGAGCGGCGAUUCCACGCCCUGCCGCCUCUCAGCAUCCCCCGCUACCAGCGCUACCCGCUGGGGGACGGCUGCUCGACGCUGCUGGCAGAUGCACUCCAGGCCCACAACGCGGUCUUCCAAGAGCACGCGGCCCCCUCCUCGCCCGGCACAGCCCCCACUGCCCGAGGUUUCCGCCGGGCCAGCGAGAUCAGCAUCGCCAGCCAGGUGUCGGGCAUGGCUGAGAGCUACACGGCGUCCAGCAUUGCCCAGAUUGCGGCGAAGUGGUGGGGUCAGAAGCGGAUCGACUACGCCCUGUACUGCCCCGACGCCCUGACGGCCUUCCCCACCGUGGCCCUGCCCCACCUCUUCCACGCCAGCUACUGGGAGUCCACGGAUGUGGUCUCCUUCCUGCUGAGACAGGUCAUGAGGCAUGACAACUCCAGCAUCUUGGAACUGGACGGCAAGGAGGUCUCGGUGUUCACCCCGUCAAAGCCGAGAGAGAAGUGGCAGCGCAAGAGGACCCACGUGAAGCUGCGGAACGUGACGGCCAAUCACCGGAUCAAUGACGCGGUCGCCAACGAGGAUGGCCCUCAGGUCCUGACAGGCCGGUUCAUGUAUGGGCCCCUGGACAUGGUCACCCUGACCGGGGAGAAGGUGGACGUGCACAUCAUGAUGCAGCCGCCGUCGGGUGAGUGGCUGUACCUGGACACGCUGGUGACCAACAGCAGCGGGCGCGUCUCCUACACCAUCCCCGAGACCCACCGCCUGGGCGUGGGUGUCUACCCCGUCAAGAUGGUGGUCAGGGGAGACCACACGUUUGCCGACAGCUACAUCACCGUGCUGCCCAAGGGCACGGAGUUCGUGGUCUUCAGCAUCGACGGCUCCUUCGCCGCCAGCGUGUCCAUCAUGGGCAGCGACCCCAAAGUGCGGGCCGGGGCCGUGGACGUGGUGCGGCACUGGCAGGACCUGGGCUACCUCAUCAUCUAUGUGACGGGCCGGCCUGACAUGCAGAAGCAGCGGGUGGUGGCAUGGCUGGCCCAGCACAACUUCCCUCACGGCGUGGUGUCCUUCUGUGACGGCCUGGUGCACGACCCGCUGAGGCACAAGGCCAACUUCCUGAAGCUGCUCAUCUCUGAGCUGCACCUGCGCGUGCACGCGGCCUAUGGCUCCACCAAGGAUGUGGCGGUCUACAGCUCCAUCAGCCUGUCCCCCAUGCAGAUCUACAUCGUGGGCCGGCCCACCAAGAAGCUGCAGCAGCAGUGCCAGUUCAUCACCGAUGGCUACGCGGCCCACCUGGCCCAGCUCAAGUAUAACCACCGGGCUCGCCCGGCCCGCAACGCGGCCACCCGCAUGGCGCUGCGCAAGGGCAGCUUCGGCCUGCCUGGCCAGGGCGACUUCCUGCGCUCCCGGAACCACCUGCUCCGCACCAUCUCGGCCCAGCCUAGCGGGCCCGGCCACCGGCACGAGCGGACGCAGAGCCAAGCGGACAGCGAGCAGCGGGGACAACGUAGCAUGAGCAUGGCGGCCGGCUGCUGGGGCCGCGCCAUGGCAGGCCGGCCCGAGCCGGGGACAGCUGCGGGCCCCAAGUAGGGCUCCGGGAGCAAGGCGCUGUGGUCUCCAUGGUGCUAGGCCGGGGCGGCCCGCCCUGCCAGGAGGCCUGGCCUGGGCACGGACAGUCGGCUGGGGCCCAGCUUGUCCCAGGGCCCGGCGGAGGACACGGGGCCGUGCCACACACAGCCCUUCCAGCCCUGCCUCACGUGUUAGGGUCUGCGGGGUUGCAGCGUAUCGUGGAAGCUGGCAGGACGACCAGCCCGAGGAUGACGGAGGGACCAGGACGCCCCCCAGCGUGGACUGGCCGGGAAGGCACUCCCGGACGCUUGCCCUGCGUUGACCGCCCAGCAUCCUGAUGCCAGGUCUGGGCACCUCCCGUCCACUAGCUCGCCCCGACCCCCAAGUCCCCUCCCACUUGGUAGCAGCUCCAACGGGGGACAGCCUGCUUCUUGUUAACUCGAGUUACUCAACUGCUCGACCUCACUGGUUUUGCACUGAAGUUUGAGGGUGGAGACCCAUCACCAUCUCCUAUGGCUACAGAUCCGUUGAUGUGCGUGAAAAUUCAGCGUUUGCUGAUCCAGGACCCGUCGCCACACAGAAGGCUCCAGGGCAGAGAAUCCUUGUACAAGUAGGAGAGAAAGGCCAUAUGGUAUUUUCUGCAGCUCCGCCUGGCCCAUGGCAGCCCCGGACUCCCAACCCCUUCCAGCUGCCCCACCGGGAGCCCCGUCCAGCCAAGGGCCUGGCGUCAUCUCAGCCUCAGGCACAGCCCAGGCCGCCAGGCCGGCUCCUGAGAAGCCUCGCCUCGGGCCGUGGGGCCGGGGCCAGCCGGGCUUACUUCUCCGCGCCUCUCCAGCCGCCAGCCAAGGCCCCGCGCCUCGGCCCCUCCACGUUUCUACCUUUCUACUUCUCCAGUCUGAUUUCUAUGAGGUUUUUUUAAACGAGCAAUCCUUGGCUGCUUCCUUUUCUUAACUCUUUCAGUACCAAACGCAGCCCCUCCACAUGAAAACGCCCAGCACUGUGACGGAGUCCAGCCUGGUUCUGGGUCCCAGGGCCCUGUCCCCUGCCCAGGCAGCGGGGCGUGGGCUCCCUGCCUCGCUUGACCCCCGUUAAUUCCACUGAAUUUCUACUCUGGGGGGAGUGGGGCACACACGUAGGUUUUUUUAACGCCAAUUCCGUUUCGAUGCCGAAUCCAAGAAGCCACAGCUCGCUUAGUUAGCUUCAGGGCAGGCAGCCAGGGCUUCACUUCCCACCUGGUAAGGACCGCGCUGUCCUGCGCGCUGGGGCUGAGCGUCAGCCCUCCCUCCCCGGAACCGACGGCAAUCUCAGCCGUGGCCUCAGCCCCGGCAGCCCCUCCGCUGCUGCUCUACCUGCUCUGAGACGGGGGAGCCUGCCAGGCCUCAGCCAGCCGUCCAGCGACCAGGCUCCUUCUAUGCGAAGCUGCUGCCAACCUGGAUACGGCCUCAGGGCCUCGUGGGCUGGGACGGGGAGGCGCGCAGACGGAUGUUAACAUUUUCCCGUGUGUAGAUAUGUACAGCCAAAGGGUCGUGUAAAUGUUCUGCAAAAGUGGGUCUGUACAGAGUGAAAGCUAUUUAUUUUGUGCAGCGAAAAAUGUCUGGAGGGAUGGGACCUUCAGGGUUUAUUCAUAUUUAAGAUGUAGCUUUUUGUUGUUGUUUCAGGCAUUAUGUAUAAAGCGACGAUUAUUUUAUGGACCAAGUUUUAAUGUAACUGUUGCAGUGAAAGUGCAAUAUCUAACCCCUUGCUCCCAGCGGGAAUCGCUUGGCCCGACAAUCACAGCCCUGACAAGGGCCCCCCGUGGCCAGUGCCGCCUCCUGUCGGUCCCACCUCACCCCAUCUCGCCUGUCGCCCGGUGAGCAGCCAUCCACAGGAGCACCUGGAAGAGUCUCAGCCCACCUGCAAUAAAGGCCGGGAGGCCGCCUGGCCCCAGGAGGCCGGGUGGGCAGUGGGCUCGGCCUCUCCCAGCGGGCAGCUCCCCCACGGCUCCGAGCUCCCCGCCUGCCUGCCCAGCCGCCAGCCAUGCCAAGGACAACAGCAAUAGUCCCCGGGCCUCUCCCAGCGGCCCUCAGCCAUAGAUGGUGAGGUGGGCAGCCCAGCCUCCCUGGUGACGUCUGUCUUCUCUAUCCAGGUCUGCUUCCUGGCCUACCUGAAGAUUCCUUUCGGCACACUAUCCUCUUAAGGAAGCACCAGUUUUUUCAGAAACUAAGAGAGGGAGGACAGAGUCCUUUAAAAAUACCAAAAAUGUUUACAGCAUUGGGUGCUGAGCUGCAGGGCUCAGGCCCGACCAGUCGUAACCAAAGGGUGAAGCAGGCCUUGCUGACUGCCACCCCACCCCAGGCCUGUUAGAGUAGAAGCCUUAGUCCCACUCCCACCCCCAAGCCCCCAGGACUGAGCCUCAGCCCGCACCCCCCCAGAUCCCCCCACCUGCCUUCUCUUUGAUUUCUAAAGAGGGAUUCAGCAGAGACCCCACGCCCCCUUCCUAGCUCAGUCUGAGCUACCUGCCCGCCCACCCGCCACGUCGCAGUCUUCACGUCUCAGCCCCCUGUCUGUCUGGACCGAAUGUGAGUGGUGUCCUGACUUGCCCUCGCCCGCCCUUGCUGUCCCUGCUCCAUCAGGCCUGAGUGUGCUCUGUGUACUGUGUCGUCGUCUGUUACACCAAUUAAAGAAGCAGGAAGGCUU